UAUUAGCAGCAAGAAUGUACACAGUGGCCUCAUGGCAAGGCCAACUAACGUAGGCAGGCACAGGUCUGAAACCUCACAGAACCUCUUCUCCACUCGGAAACUUUAACACGUUUGCUGAAGUGACAUUUGUGAACGUGAGGAGGAAAUUGUUUUCAGGGUUUUGUUUUUUUUUGUGACUGAGCUUUUUCCGAUUCCCCAAGAUUCAGACUCUCUGCCACGAGGCUGUGGAUCGAAGUUCCAGACUGAGGAGAGAAUGGCUCUCUGUGCGUCCCUGAAAACCCUUGAGGUGUUCCCGUUUAGAGACCCAGAGCUGUCUUCCCUCCUGCUGUCCCAGCUGAACAGCCUGAGACAGGAGAGGAUCCUAACUGACGUGCUGCUCUGUUCAGACAACACAGAGAUCCCCUGCCAUAGAAACGUACUGGUGUCCUCCAGCCUGUACUUCAGGGCCAUGUUCUGCAGUAACUUUGUGGAGAGCAGCCAGGGUCGGGUGGAUCUGAAGGGCAUCUCCCCUGACGUGCUCAGUGGCAUAGUGGACUAUGUGUAUACAGGAGCCAUCACCAUCAGCAUGGACAUUGUGCUGCCUCUAAUGCAGGCGGCCUCGAUGCUGCACUAUGGACGUCUGUUUGAGGCCUGCUCCACCUUCCUUCAGGAGCAGCUGAGCCCAGACAACUGUCUCAGUAUGAUCAGGUUGUCAGAGAUCCUCCACUGUGACAGUCUGAAGGAGAAGGCUAAGGAGAUGGCCGUGAGGAGCUUCUCAGACGUAGCUGCAUCCGAAGACUUCUGUGAGCUCUCCUUGCCGGAGCUCGUGUGUUACCUGGAGGACGACCGACUGUGUGCCGAGGAGGAGCAGGUGUUUGAGACCCUCCUGGCGUGGAUCCACCACGACCCGUUCUCCCGGCGCGGCGCCAUCCACGACCUCUUCAAGAAGGUGCGUCUGCGUUACAUCCACCCUACCUACUUGUUCCAGUUCAUCGCCAACGACCCGCUGGUGCAGUCCUCCACGCUCUGCACUGAGAUCAUUGAAUCCGUCCGUCGCCUCAUGCUCUCGGUCAGCGCCAAGUGCGGUGGUGAGCUGAAGCCCCUGUGGACCACACCGCGCCGUUACACCUGCCGAGAGACGCUCGUUGUGGUCGGCGGGCGCAAGAAUAAUGAGCAGACGUCCCGGGAAGCCCUGCUCUAUGACGAGAGGACUCAGCGCUGGCAGUGGCUGGCCAAGCUACCUCUGAGACUCUACAAGGCCUCCUACGUCUGUAUCCACAGCAUCCUGUAUGUGGUAGGGGGGCUCAGCCUCAGCAUGGCCUCAGGAGACAGCUCUGUAUCUGCCACCGUCUACACCCUCUCCCUCAAGACCAACCAGUGGAGGACGGCCGAGCCCAUGUUGGCGCCGCGCUACGCCCAUCAGAGUGUCUCCUAUCUCCACUUCAUCUUUGUCCUGGGGGGGAUCGGAGGGGACAAACAGAUCUCCAACUCCGUGGAGAGGUAUAACAGUAUGUUUAACCAAUGGGAGGCCAUGGCUCCUCUCCCCAGCGCCGUGCUGCACCCAGCCGUCGCCGCCAACGACCAGAGAGUCUAUGUGUUCGGAGGGGAGGAUGCCAUGCAGAACCCUGUCAGGGAGAUACAGGUGUACCACAUCUCCAGGAACCUGUGGUCCAGAUUGGAAACCCGGACAGUGAAGAACGUCUGUGCACCUGCUGCUGUCAUCGAAGAUAAGAUCUACAUCAUUGGAGGGUACACUAGACGGAUGAUCGCCUACGACACCAAAGCCAACAAGUUUGUAAAGUGUGAGAACCUAAAGGAGAGGCGGAUGCAUCACAGCGCCACGGUAAUCAACAACAAGCUGUACGUGACGGGGGGCCGCUUCCUGAACGGGCACGACACCAUCGAGGACUCGGACUGCUUCGAGUGUUACGACCCCAAGACGGACGUUUGGACCUCCAAGGGGACGCUACCGUACAAAUUGUUUGACCACGGCUCCCUGCCUCUGGUCUGUGUCUCCAACAGACCAAACCCUCCCUGAGUGACCCACAACAUCUUAUCAACAUCAUCAUCUGGUCGUCUGGAGGUGAACAGUAAGGCUGACUUCUACAGCUGCCUCUCUGUCCUCCAUUUGCAGAUGCAAUGUCCUCCAGUCCUUUGUCACAUUUGAGCUGGUCCACAAACUGUAUAUGAUAUCUCUGAUGAGUGACCCACAACAUCCCCAAAACUCCUUGGACUCCUAGCCUAGCGGGCUCCUAGCCUAGCAGGCUCCUAGCCUAACCGGCUCCUAGCCUAGCGGGCUCCUAGCCUAGCGGGCUCCUAGCCUAACCGGCUCCUAGCCUAGCGGGCUCCUAGCCUAAACGACUCCUAACCUAACCUAGCAUAGCGGGCUCCUAAAGUAGCCUAGCCUAGCAGGCUCCUAGCCUAGCGGGCUCCUAGCCUAGCAGGCUCCUAGCCUAGCUACCUGUCAUGUUACUCCUUCACAGCAGUUAUAAUUGGACACCCCAGCUGGGAUCGGAUCGGAAACCAUCUGAACAGACAGACGUUGGUCUCUUCUCUCACACAGUCACAGGACGUCAACACGCCUCAGGCACGGUCUUGAUGCUAGCAUCUGUGGCGUUCUAAAUCAAAACAUGAGAUCUCAGCUGGCAGGCAGAGGUGUCACGUUGGCCCCAGGGAGGGAGGGACGACGGAUCCACUGACAGAUUUCUCAGUCUCCACACUCCUCCAAGGGUAAAUCUGAAAUGGCACCCUAUUCCCUAUGUAGUUCACGACUACUGGUCAGAACUAGUGCACUACAUAGGGAAUAGGGUACAAACUGGUCAGAACUAGUGCACUACAUAGGGAACAGGGUAGGCUCUGGUCAAGACAAGGGAAUAGGGUGCCAUUUCAGACCAACGCUCCCCUACCCAAACUAAGUCCACAUAACAAUGAGUGAAGCCCUGUAACAGAGCUGGAUGAUAUGGACAAUGGAACUGGUACAACAACGAUAACAAUAAGGAUUUGUUUCUAACAUGAAUGUUCACCACAGUUUAACAUGAAUGUUCACCACAGUUUAACAUGAAUGUUCACCACAGUUUAACAUGAAUGUUCACCACAGUUUAACAUGAAUGUUCACCACAGUUUCUAACAUGAAUGUACACCACAGUUUAACAUGAAUGUUCACCACAGUUUAACAUGAAUGUGCACCACAGUUUAACAUGAAUGUACACCACAGUUUCUAACAUGAAUGUUCACCACAGUUUAACAUGAAUGUACACCACAGUUUAACAUGAAUGUUCACCACAGUUUAACAUGAAUGUGCACCACAGUUUAACAUGAAUGUACACCACAGUUUCUAACAUGAAUGUUCACCACAGUUUAACAUGAAUGUUCACCACAGUUUAACAUGAAUGUGCACCACAGUUUAACAUGAAUGUUCACCACAGUUUAACAUGAAUGUACACCACAGUUUAACAUGAAUGUACACCACAGUUUAACAUGAAUGUUCACCACAGUUUAACAUGAAUGUGCACCACAGUUUAACAUGAAUGUUCACCACAGUUUAACAUGAAUGUACACCACAGUUUAACAUGAAUGUACACCACAGUUUAACAUGAAUGUUCACCACAGUUUAACAUGAAUGUACACCACAGUUUAACAUGAAUGUUCACCACAGUUUAACAUGAAUGUUCACCACAGUUUAACAUGAAUGUACACCACAGUUUAACAUGAAUGUUCACCACAGUUUAACAUGAAUGUAAACCACAGUUUAACAUGAAUGUACACCACAGUUUAACAUGAAUGUACACCACAGUUUAACAUGAAUGUUCAGCACAGUUUAACAUGAAUGUUCACCACAGUUUAACAUGAAUUUACUAUUGACGGUUGUAGCCAUCAAUUGUCCCAUGAACAAUCACCCAUAUUAACAAAGUUAUGUCAUUUAAAACAUCACAUUUCUCUAGUAUGGGCUAUUUAUCGUAAUGAAGGCUAUCAGUAAAAUGCCUGCGAUGUUACCGGUAUGGUCGGUGUCUACAUUUGUUUCGGUUUGUCUUUCCAGCUCUACCCUGUUAAUAAUUUAUCACAGCAGCCUUGGUAUCCAUUGCAGUUGGAUUGCUAUAUCGUACCAUACCUUACCAUAUCCUAUCAUACCUGACCAUAUCCUACCAUACCUGACCAUAUCCUAUCCUACACUAUCCUACCAUAACAAACCCUACCGUAUACUACCACACCAUACAAUACCUUAUCCUACCACACCAUACCCUACAAUACCCUAUCCUACCAUACCCUACCCUACCGGACCAUAUCCUCCUAUACCCUACCAUAAUAUACCCUACCAAACCAUAUCCUCCUAUACCAUAAUAUACCCUACCAAACCAUAUCCUCCUAUACCAUAAUAUACCCUACCAAACCAUAUCUUCCUAUACCAUAAUAUACCCUACCAAACCAUAUCUUCCUAUACCAUAAUAUACCCUACCAAACCAUAUCCUCCUAUACCAUAAUAUACCCUACCAUAUUAUACCCUACCAAACCAUAUCCUCCUAUACCCUACCAUAAUAUACCCUACCAAAAUAUACCCUACCAUACCAUAUCUUCCUAUACCCUACCAUAAUAUACCCUACCAAACCAUAUCCUCCUGUACCCUACCAUAAUAUACCCUACCAAACCAUAUGUUCCUAUACCAUAAUAUACCCUACCAAACCAUAUCUUCCUAUACCAUAAUAUACCCUACCAAACCAUAUCCUCCUAUACCCUUGAAUGGACAAUGAAUGUAAGAUCUCCCUUCACUCUCUGACCUGAACUGGUGUGAUGCUGUUUCCACACUCAGCUCCAGCUAAGCAAGCACAGCGACAUACACCACACUACUACUGCCAGUCUGAGGACUUAUGGGCAGGAUGUAAAUAGAUCAUAAUACAUGUAUAUAGUCAAUUCAUAGAAAAUCCUUCCUACCUCCCAAGCAUCUGUCGUUGUUCACUUUCUAAAUGAGUCAUUAAAGUGAAGGCCAGUUUAACCACGUGGUUAUGUUUAAUACCCUGGCAGAAUAUGGUCAACAACAUUUACAGCUGUAGGAUCUUAAUUUGAGCCAGUUUUGCUACAGAAAUAAAUUAAUCCUGCAGCAGCAACAGGAAAUGUGAAUUAUAAUAUGGAUUCUAAUAUAAUGGGAAUGUUGUGGAGAAGACUUGACAGACAUGUAGUAUUCAGGCAGUGAGACUAAUUACCUGUCAUUAUCCUACCGAUAUUACACUACAAAUCAGCACGUCACUGGACUGCGCUGUUCUUCUAGUAGUGGUGAUUGGGGAACGAUCAGUCCACUACAUAUCUGUCCCUCAGCCAUCCCAUGACCUAGAGGGCAUAUCUAUUAUAACCACUCAGAACUGCAGCCUGCCUACCAGAAGCAUCGGUCGGAGAUGCUGAGGCCGGUCCUGUGUCAGGUUUAGACAUCGAAGACCAUGCAGUGUUCCGGUCUGCUGGUGAUUCAACAGUAGGCUACACUGCCAAUGGCUUUAUAAACCAAGAAGGAAAAUCGGUGUGAAGGCAUACCCAUAUAUCUAGGCCUAUCUUACUGCUAGUGAGACUGCUCUACUCGACAACAGUGUUUUCUCAACCCUCCAUCUCGACCCGUGGACAGUCCCUCGUAUCUUGCUUGCUUGCGGACAGCUACUAGGCCUAAGUCAGAUCUUCCAAGAAGGAUAACUAUUGCCAAAAGACACUGAUAGCACUACAGUGCUAAUUUACUAAUUGCCACCUUUUGCUCUUGACCCUAUUGUACAGACUGUAGCCCUGACCAUGGUUACCAUGAGAACCAGGAGACGUCAUGUGACUAGAUGAGCCUGUGGCAUGCUUCUCUGUGGGUCUCUAUCUGUUUCAAAUUUCAAUGAAUGCAGCACUAUGCAUAUAGAGGCAUAGAGUA